UAGACUGCUCUGAUUGGACCAAACGAGGUGUCCGUCAACGUGUUCCACGCCGAUCUCCUCAGCGGUCGCUCCUUUAUUUUCCACAAUAAAUGACAACAAACACUUCCAACAUAUUAGCAUUACCGUCCACAAACGACACGCUUUAACGGAACCGGUUCUUGAAGGACAUGAGAGGCUUGUUGGCGGCCGGCGCUGUUGUGAUCUGGCUGUGGUGCUGGUGAAGAGGACAUGGGCCGCCGCUUCAACUCAUGCCACAACACGCUCAACAGCGCCACUGAAACGGACCAGGGUUCGGUCUUCACGCCAGGGCGACGUCAACAGGCCGCCAUCGGGUUCCAGGCUCUUGGUAGACGCUCCAAGUAGCCGUGUCUGAUGAGGAUGUCUGAUACUGUCAGUGAGACUAUGAGAGCUCUGGACGAAAACACCUCGACCGCAGCCGACGCCGACACGUCACAGAACCAACGCCGCCAUGAAGACUGCAGCGACGACAGGACCGAGACGCAGCGGCAAAUACCCGGACAAGGCACUAAAAGACCCAAGUCUAAUGCAAAGUUAAAGUUAGUUCGGAGCCUGGCCAUUUGUGAAGAACCCUCUCCUUCCACAAUUACCACACAACUGCCUCAAGACCACCAGGAUAGAGAUCAUAUUCAAUUCUCCCAGACGUUUGACAAAGAAGAUGCGCCUCUUACGGCAAACGACGAUGAUGAUAAAGACAAAAGUGCCAACAAGCUUGAGAAAAUGCCACGCAAGAUGCUGUCCAGAGAUUCCAGCCAGGAUUACACGGACUCCACCGGCAUCGACCUGCACGAGUUCUUGGCGAACACACUGAAGAACAACCCCAGGGACCGGAUGAUGUUGCUGAAGCUGGAACAGGACAUCCUUGACUUCAUCAGUAAUAAUGAGUGUCAGAGGAGAAAGUUUCCGCCCAUGACCUCCUAUCACCGAAUGCUCCUGCACCGAGUCUCCGCUUACUUCGGCUUAGACCACAACGUCGACCAAACCGGGAAAUGUGUCAUCAUCAACAAAACCAGCAAUACACGAAUACCAGAUCAAAAGUUUUCCGAACACAUCAAAGACGACAAGACGGAUGAUUUCCAGAAGCGCUACAUCUUAAAACGGGACAACUCCAGCGUAGACAAAGACGACAACAUGAUGCGUAUGAAACUAAAAGAGGACAGGAGAAGCAAGUCAAUCGAGGAGCGUGAGGAGGAAUAUCAGAAAGCGCGAGAAAGGAUCUUCGCUGAUGGUUUAGACACCUUCACUCUGGAUCAAAGGAUUCAGGAGGACGAGAUGUGCAACAACAUACAGCAGAGACGGCAGAUCUUCAGGCUGAAAGACGAUCGGUCGGCAAACAGCCGCCAAAGCAGCUCCGAGAACGAGGCCAGGUUUUCAGAGCCGCGUCCAUGGAGCAGCACGGACUCGGACAGCUCGAACCGCAACCUGAAGCCUGCCAUGACCAAAGCCAGCAGCUUCAAUGGCAUCCCGGUUCUGACCCGCGGCGACAGCUCCAGCAGCAGCAAGAGCGUGGGCCGGCUCUCAAAGACAGGUUCUGACUCUUGUAGUAGCGUAGGUUCGUCCACGGGUUCGCUCUCUCGAUCCCAGCCUCCCUCUGCCGUGGCUUUAACGCAGGCGAUGGGCUAUCCUCCUGUCAGCGCUAGUAGCGCCGUUUGCUAUGAGCCGCCAGCGUCUACGGCUAAUGCUAGCUACUAUUUGCUUCCCCUGGAAGCCGCAGGGAUACCGGCCGGAAGUAUCUUGGUCAACCCACAUACAGGUCAGCCUUUCCUGAACCCUGAAAGCAGUGCUGUAGUCUACAACCCCAGUAUGACCUCACAGGCCUCCAGGUGUCAAUCAUCUGUAGCUCCGCCUCCAGCCGCUCACCAGCAGCACCAGCCCACCAAUCAUGUCAUGUCACAGCCUCUCUGGUCUGUCCAGCCGUCCACGGUGUCUUACCCACCGAUCCUUACAGUGUCUCCUAACCAGCAGUUCACUGUGCAGGAUAAUCUGAGCGCCCAGUUCAGUCACAUGAUGAUGGUCCGGCAGGCCUCGGGAGACACCCGUGACGCUCACGCAGUGGUUUACCCGUCGCCCGUGUCUCUCCAGACGCCUGCGCAUCAUCAGGCCGGAUACAUGAUGCCCUCGCCAGGACAGAACGUGCCCUCGUUCCCUUCAUCGCACGCGACCACCGUCAACCAGCAGCAGAGCUUCAUCCAGCAGCAGAUGGCACCGUGUUACUGUUCACCCAGUCAGUACACAGUGUCUGGACAGCCAUACCGACCUGUGGGCUCGAUGCCAUACAGCAGCCCUCAGAGUCAGAUGCCCACAGCACCCAUGCAGCCGGCAGGUUACCAAACUGUGAUGCCAAAUCAGCAGCAGAACUAUCAGAACGCCAUCCAGCCGCUGCAGAAUCAGACGCUGGUCAGCAGCCAACACAGCAAUAUGGGAAGUCAGAUGCCAGGCAUGAUGGUCCAGUAUAUGUCAGUGCCAUCUUAUCAGGUGUCCUCGGCUGUGCCCCAGCAGGCGUAUCAUCAGCCCGUCGUCAGUCAUGCACCCGCACCGCCGUCCAGCUUUCAGGUCUACUACAGCAUCGGACCUCAUAACCAACAGAACGCCGUCAGCUCCUCCAUGGGGUUCUUGCCUCCUCCAGGAUCAGAACAGAUGCCGUACCACCGCACCUCGCCUCCCUGCGGCUCGCAACAGAUUCCCACCCAGCAGUGCUCAGGUGCUCCGCCCCCAUCAGGUGGUAUGGUGAUGAUGCACCUGGCGUUACCGGCGUCUCAGCAGCUUCAGUCUCAUUCCCCCCCGCAGUGGAAACACAACAAAUACUACGAGCACAAGCCCAGCGAGAUCUGCUGUCUGGACACGUCACGAAACAGUCCUCAGAUCUGCAGCCCGUCCACCUCGCCGGCCCAGUCGCCCACACCAACACACCUCACUAAUGUAAAGAACAUCCGUCCAGGCCUCAACACCCUUCCCAUCAUGCCUCACUUCUCCAGACCCUUUGUUUCAGGUCAAGGUGACGUUCGCUAUCCUCUUCUGGGACACGCGCUCCAGUACGGCCCUCAGAUUCGCCCUCCGUUACUUCAUGCCCCCCCCAUGAUGUCCAGUCAGGCUCCUGUAGGGAUUCGACACGCUGGGCGAGGCAGGAAGCCUCACAGGAAAGCGCUUUCUACAGAUCUCAGUUGAUCGCUGGUGUGCCGAGGAGCUUCAGUCGUGUGGAUUUGACCCCGCCGUGACCUCCUACACCGCCCUGCUUCAGACUCGCCCAGCUAAUAACACUGACACAGCCUGUGACGCCUUCACCCUUCCACACGAGGGCGCUCUGACUGACGGUGGGUGUCUCCGCUCCUGCCGUUUGAGAAAGGAAACGAUCCGAACUGAAAGUGUUCUGCGAUUGACUGGAACAUAUCAAAAUGCAGCCGGAACUGUGUUGUUCUUUAUUUUUUUAUCUGCGUUUAUUGGUUUGUUUUUGUUUUUUAUUUGAA